CAUGUUAUCAAGAAUCUAGAUAUAAUAAAACAUCAAUAAUGGAAAACCUUCAUUUCAAUGAAAAAUUGCAAACUCUCGAAGCCUCUAAUGUUAAAGGAUCUGUACUAUUGUAUUUAGAUAACAAUGAAUUUAUUAAAUUUACUUUUCUUCACUCUGUAAAAGUACAGUUUUCUGUUGAAAAUAACUUACAACAACAACAUGGACAUGGAUUUGACUCUGCCGCAAUAUGUAGCUCAGUGGAAAAUUGCUAUGAAAGCUACCAGUUUUCCACAACUAAUUCAGAUUACCCAUGUCUGACCAUACCAAGUUUUCAACACAAAAAUAAUUUAUCCAAUGACAAUGUAAUUUAUCAAGAUCAUAAUGAUGAGGUGACGGAACCUGUGCAUGUGAAACAAGAGAGCAGUUUUGUUUCCACCUCAGCUUCUUCCUCCGAUAUCUCAUUUCAAUCAGUAAUUCAUAAAGAGCUUAAUCAACAUAUUCCUAAAAGACAUGGCAAAACUACCAAAUUUACUUCAAAGAAGCAGUCACUGAAACAAACAGUAAAUUCUAGUUCUUUGCAGUUGUAUGAUGAACAUGUUAAAAAAAAUCCAUUAGCCGGACGACACUGCAAACUGUGUAAAAAAUGGUUCCCAGGAACAAAGGAAGAAAGGGAACAUCAAAGGAAUCUUACAUGUCAAGUUAAAUGCUUGCGGUGUGGGCUGGAUUUUCCUUGCAGAGGUGAUUUGUUUAUUCAUCAAUACAAGUCAUAUAAUAUUUCUUACCUACAAGCACAGUUUCCUGAAAUCAAACUGGGGAAAAUUGUGAAUGCACCAGCAGAUAAAAAUAAGAUGAUAUGCCCUAUUUGUGAAAGCAUUAUUGUGUUUCGUCAGUUUCAAUACCACAUCAACUCACAUUUUGAUGAACCAUCUUAUAAAUGUUGUUUAUGUGGAGAUACAUUAAAAACAGCUGUUAAUUAUUUAAAACAUUGCAAAGAUCAUCUUACAGGUGUUUCUCACUCAGAAAUGAUGCACAUAAAAAGAAAGUUGUCUAAAAUGUCAAGAAUUAAAAGAAUAAUGAGUGUAGUCCCCAAAACAGAACCCAAAAUAAAAAAGACUAACUUGCAUACAGGGAAAGAAGAUUCUGAAGAAGACUGUAAGGAAAAAGGGAUAGAAGAAUAUGAGGUUGAUGAUUCUGUAAAAUUGAAAAACAAUAUAGAAAACAAUUUUGUACAAUUUAUAUCUGGUACAGUGAAAGAAAAGGACUCUGAUAGCAAUGAUCCAAUGGGUUCUGAUUGUGUAUCAAAUGUUGAAGACCAACUACUUGAUGAUGAUAAUAACAAGCAGGUCAAAGAUGAAAAAACCUAUCAGUGUUGUUAUUGCAAAAUGACUUUUUGUUCUCAGGAAAGUCUUAGAGCACAUAAAGAAACACCCAGCUUAAAUCUUUCAUGUCAGAUCUGUGAUGUUGUGCUUCCCUCUCGAGCUUGGAUGAUUAUUCAUGACUUUGAAGUGCACAAAGUUCCCAUGAAUGUAUCAGAGAAAGAUUGUCUUGUAAAUGCAAAAGUUAAUCGUGAAAGAAGUAUAGGCGAUGACACAAGGAAGAGGACAAAAUCGAGACAAUAUGUGUCUUGUCCAGUGUGUUCACUGAAAGUUACCAGAGUUGUUUUACCUCAGCAUAUUAUGAGAAUGCAUACAAAGGAAAGUCCUUUCACCUGUUGUCUUUGUCAGUUUCCCUGUUCCACUCAGAAGAUCUAUAAAAAACACUGUGAUGAGCAUAUAGGAAAACAAAAAAGUGGCAUUUUUCGAUGCUCAAACUGUCCUGUGGUAUUUGAUAGCAAAAGUGAAUUUCAUAAGCAUGUUGUCAUACACAAGACUAUAUGCCAUUUCUGCAAUGUGGAUUUUAAACAUAGCAAUCUUCUUAAAUCACAUUAUAAUACUGAUCAUUAUGAACAAAUGUUAAAGUGCAAUCAGUGUGAUAAAAGAUUUCCUGCAGAGAAUAAACUUAAAGAGCACCAACGUCACCAUAGAUUUAGCGUCCGCAACCAAUGCCCCAAAUGUGGAGCUAUGGUGUAUCGUUUAUCUUUACACAUGCGUGCCAGUCACCCAGAGCCAGGCACCGAAUUCCCAUGUUCACUUUGUCCAAAAAAGUUUACAAACCAGUUAGUUUUUAACAGCCAUAUGCGGCGACAUGAAGCUGUUAGUAGUGGUGAAACAUUUUCUUGCCCCAAAUGCUCAAAAACAUUUAGAUGUCGGGAUUAUCUGACUGAUCAUAUAAAGAUACACUUAGAUAGGAAGCUUUAUGAAUGCCAUAUAUGUGGUAAACAGUGCACUGAGAAAUAUAACUUGCAAAUACAUAUGCGAAUUCACUCAGCCCAAAAACUUUUCAGCUGUGAGGUGUGUGGACAAGGAUUCAAUUAUAAAGCAUCUUUACAGAGUCAUUUGAAGUCAAAGCACAAGUUUGAGUGUUAGUGAAAUGCAUUCACUAAAAAAAUAUGUAUAUCUUUAAUAUCUAUUAUAAUCUAGUCAUGUUACAUUUUGUUCUCUUGAUAUUAUGUGCUGAUUUUUAAAGUUCGUUAAUGAUUAUAUAAUUAAUAUAAAGAAUCUUUGGGAAAAUCACAUUUCAAUGUUUUUAGUAACAUUGAAAAUAGUUGUAAAUAAAGAUGGUAAAAAUCAAUAUGCUUCUGUUCUAAUACAAGAGGAUCAAUUUGACAAAUGAUUUUAAUGCUGUUUAGGCUAAUUAAAUUAAUUGAUACACCUCACUUUUGUUCUGUGAAAUGACAGAUCUGGCAUAAUUAGUACUUUUUAAAUAAAUGAUAAAAAUAACUUUUUGAACUUAAGGUAACAUAAUAAAAUAAUUUAGAUGUUUU